AUGAGUACCAGGGGUGAAUAUACCCUCGUUGAGAAUGAGGCCCAACAAUCUAGAUGGGGUGAGAAUGCUACCAUGGGGAAAAACUUCGACAAAUUUCGUCUUCUCAUGUGGAAGAACUGGGUUCUUCAGUACAGGAAGCCCGUUCAGACCGCCAUUGAAAUAAUAGCCCCUGUGCUUUUCUCCAUUCUUCUGGUGAUCAUCAGAAGCCUUUCUGAUCCGAUCCUGCGUGAACAACAGAUAUACCCAGCGUUUUGUCCAUUUCCAUUCAACUUUUCAACCAUUUGCCCGAUGGUUGAUGAUGACAUCAAUAAGUUUCAAAACAUUUCUGCGAUGUUGAAUACUAACUUUCCUGCGAUGUUAAAUACUGAUUCACCAACCGAUGAAUCCCUUAUUCCAAUGGCGAUGAUAUAUUCUCCAUCAAAUAAGGCCAUCGAAGACGUAAUGCAGCUCUUCAAACACAUAUUCAAGGAAGUUAUUGGGAUGGAAAAUGCGAAUGAAAUGGAAAACUACUUCAUCACUAACUCUUCCAAUUCGACGUUUGCUGGCAUCCAAUUCGACGAUAGCUACAAGACCUUAACAAAUUUGAGCGACAUAAAAGAUUUGAAAGUUUCAAUUAGAUUUCCAGGAGAAACACGUUAUCAAUUGGAUCCUUUGGGCAUCAAUACUUGGAGAACCAAUCUUAUCUAUCCAGUUUUCCAAGUAGCAGGACCGAGAAUGUAUGAUAUGAAAACAGGAGGAUCUCCAAGCUAUUUCAAGGAAGGCUUCUUGGGAGUGCAGUAUUUCUUGACGGCCGCUCUAAUUAUAGCAAGAAAAAAUAUUACUCUGGAUGGUAGCAAUAUUAUGGAAAUCAUGAUAAGCUUAAUGAAAAACGAAUUCCCCUUGAUCUAUAUGAGACGUUUUCCCUAUGCUGAAUGGUACGAGGAUGCGCUUUUGACUCCUUUGAAAACCAUGAUCGGCAUCAUAUUCAUGCUCAGUUUCGUCUAUACUUGCAUUAAUACAGUGAAAACCAUUACAACAGAGAAGGAGAAACAAUUAAAAGAAGCAAUGAAAAUCAUGGGACUGCCAAGCUGGUUGCAUUGGACAGCAUGGUUCGUGAAAUGUUUCAUUUUUCUGGCUAUAUCAGCUAUUCUGAUGGUGGUUCUACUCAAAGUGAAAUGGUAUCAGAAUACAGACUUCACUGUCUUCACCAAAGCUGAUCCCAUACUGCUAUUCAUCUUCCUCAUCUUCUAUACUACCGCAACUAUUACAUUUUGCUUUGCGAUUAGCGUUUUUUUCUCCAAAGCAAAUACUGCAGCUACGAUUGCUGGUCUAGCUUGGUUCAUGUCCUACGCCCCAUACCUUUUCAUGCAAGAUAAGUAUGAUAGUCUAACGCUGGGAACGAAAUUACUGGCUAGUUUGGGUUCCAACACAGCCAUGGCUUUCGGUUUCCAAAUUAUGCUGAUGUACGAGGGAACGGGUGAAGGAAUUCAAUUCAACAACCUCUUUACCCCCAACACUCCCGAUGACACGCUAACUCUGGGCCUAAUCUUGGUAAUGCUGCUGGUAGAUAGCUUGAUUUAUCUGCUGAUCGCUCUGUAUGUAGAAAAAGUUUUGCCCGGUGAAUACGGAGUUGCGUUGCCCUGGUAUUUCCCGGUUACGAAGAGCUUCUGGUGCGGACAUCCUCAAUAUAUAGGUGUUGAUAACGAUCAUUUCGCACCUCCGACCGUCACUAGCGAUGGUGGAAUUUUCGAGGAAGAGCCCAGAAAUUUGCAAGCCGGUGUCCGAAUCAGUAGGCUGCGCAAAGAGUUCGGCAACAAAGUGGCGGUGAGAGAUUUGUCCUUGAAUAUGUUCGAGGACCAGAUAACGGUGUUGUUGGGCCACAAUGGAGCAGGGAAAACCACCACUAUGUCCAUGUUGACGGGCAUGAUCACACCGUCCAGCGGUACUGCCAGAAUCAACGGGUUCGACAUCAGGACCAACAUUGAUGGAGUGAGAAACAGCCUCGGGCUCUGUCCACAACACAAUAUCAUUUUCGAUGAACUUACUGUCUCUGAACACAUUUAUUUCUUCAGUAAGCUCAAGGGACUUUCAAACGACCAAAUCAAAGCUGAGAUUGAUAAGUUCCUGGAUCUUCUCGAAUUAACAGACAAGAGGAACGCAAAAUCUUCGACGUUGUCGGGCGGUAUGAAAAGGAAGCUUUGCGUAGGUAUGGCGCUGUGCGGCAAUUCCAAGGUGGUCAUGCUGGACGAACCGACCGCCGGCAUGGACCCUUCGGCCAGAAGGGCCUUGUGGAACCUCCUCCAAUCCCAGAAAGAGGGUCGCACCAUGCUGCUGUCCACUCAUUUUAUGGACGAGGCCGAUUUGCUGGGCGACAGGAUCGCCAUAAUGGCCGGCGGUGAAUUGCAGUGUUGCGGUUCCAGUUUUUUUUUGAAGAAAAAAUUUGGUGCCGGUUACGGACUCAUCAUGGACAAGUCGAAGGAGUGUGACGCCGGUCGAGUGACUCAGCUGUUGAGGCAGUUCAUACCGGAUAUCGAGAUAUAUAGCAAUAUUGGGUCUGAAUUGACAUAUCUGUUGACGGAAAAUCAGUCCAGCAAGUUCGAACCGAUGCUGCAACAACUGGAAAAAGACUCGGAAAGAUUGGGUGUGAGAAGCUAUGGUAUAUCUUUGACUAGCCUGGAAGAAGUAUUCAUGAAGGUUGGAGCUGAUCACGGUCAAGAAGAAAUGUAUAAUGAUGUCCCGAUGGAAAACGGAUUCAUGAACGAAAAAUAUACAUCUGGCAAAGGUCUGGGAGACGGUGGUACAAUGGACGUGUCUAUGUCCCCGAACUAUACCGGCGGUAUGGAAUUAAUAGCCAACCAGUUCUUUGCGCUGCUUCUGAAAAAAACCGUGUCCACUCUCCGCUCUUGGAUCUUGUUGAUCGUGCAAGUCGGUAUGCCUACUCUGUUUCUCAUCAUCACCAUUGUCGUCAUGAGGAACAACAACCGGACUGGCAAUUUGCCUGCGAUGCCGCUGGAUCUGAGCAAGUUUGCUCAACCAGCAACGUUGGUGGACGUGAACGAAUCCAACGACUUUGGAAAUUUAUCCGAUUACUAUGAUCAAGUCAUACGAGAGCAAGGAAACUCUGUGGAUCUCAUCAAAAACAUCACCGACGAAAUGCUGAAGCUGACGAAUGAUGUACCUAACACCGUAAGGAGGCGCUACAUCAUCGGCGCAUCCUUCGAAAAAUCCCAAUUGGGGCUUCCUCAGGUGACGGCCUGGUUCAACAACGACCCCUACCAUUCGCCGGCCAUCGCCCUCUCGAUGGCUUUGAACGCCGUCUACAAGAAAUAUACCGAGUGCACGGACUGCAGCAUACGAUUCGCCAAUGAUCCGCUGCCCUACACUACCGAUACUCAACUCAAGCAGAUCCUCAGCGGCCAAACGAUGGGCUUCCAAUUGGCCUUCAACAUCGGCUUCAGUAUGGCCUUCGUGUCAUCCUUCUACGUGCUGUUCGUCGUCAAAGAGAACAUUUCCAAGUCCAAGCAUUUGCAAUUCGUGUCCGGCGUUAAAGUGUACCUUUUCUGGUUGACUUCUUUGUUGUGCGAUCUCAUCACUUACCUUUUGACCAUCGUCGUUCUGCUCAUCACUUUGGUGUGCUUUCAAGAAGAGGGCUAUUCAACUCCUGAAGAAAUCGCACGAAUGUUCUUCAUACUUUUGUAUUUCGGCUGGGCAUUCAUACCAAUGCUCUAUUUGACAGGAUACUUUUUCGAUGUACCUUCCACAGGCUACACCAGAAUGACCUUGCUGAGUAUUGUCACAGGCAAUGCCGCUUUCUUGGUGGUCCAAGUUUUGUCGACUCCCGGCUUGGAUUUGGAACACAUCGGAAAAGGUCUACACUGGUUGUUCUUGUUGUUUCCGCAUUAUUCUCUAGCGACUGGUAUCAAUGAAGCCGGCAAAACGUUCAUGUACAACAAACUUUGCACGACCGUUUUCCAAGGUUGCGCCAGCAUGAAUUUGUCGAUACCCGAUUGUUUGAAAACGCAGAAUGCUCAGAUAAGGGAUAUAUGUUCGGAUCUGGAUCAGAAUUAUUUCAGUUGGGCCGCUCCCGGCAUCGGCCGAAAUAUCCUCUAUUCCGCUUUGGUAGGUCUGGCGUUCCUCCUGCUCCUCCUCAUCAUCGAAUACGAAGUGUUCGCCUCGCUGAUGUACUUCAUCGAGCAGAAAUUGUUCGCCAGAGGGCCGGUAGACGUGCAAGAAGAAGAUUCCGAUGUGGCGAGAGAGAAGGAGAAAAUCCGAAAUGCCACAGAAACGGACAUCAGUCGCGAUUACACUUUGGCCGUUCGGGAUUUGACCAAGUAUUAUAAGAAGUUUUUGGCUGUGAACGGAUUGUGUUUGGGUGUGAAGAAAUACGAGUGUUUCGGCCUGCUGGGCGUGAAUGGCGCUGGGAAAACUACUACAUUCAAGAUGAUGUCUGGGGAUGUCAAGAUUUCUCAUGGCGAUGGAUGGGUCAACGGUGAUAGCAUAAAAAGACAGCUGAAGUCGGUGCAAAAGGUGAUCGGAUAUUGCCCUCAAUUCGACGCCCUCCUCGACGAUAUGACUGCCAAAGAAACCAUCCAAAUGUUCGCCCUCCUCAGAGGCAUCCGGUAUGAAAACACCAAGAAGGUGGCGGAAUACCUGUCGAAAGAAUUCGAUUUCCAUCGGCAUCUGAACAAGCAGGUGAAAGAGCUCAGCGGAGGCAACAAGAGGAAAUUGAGCACGGCCAUUUCUUUGAUUGGGGAUCCGCCGGUUCUGUUCCUCGACGAACCGACCACAGGUAUGGAUCCGGCGACGAAGCGCUACCUGUGGAACGCCCUGUGCAAGAUCCGCGACAACGGCAAAUGCAUCAUUCUGACGUCGCACAGCAUGGAGGAGUGCGAAGCCCUGUGCACCCGCAUCGCCAUCAUGGUGAAUGGCAACUUCAAGUGCUUGGGCUCCACGCAACAUCUCAAGAACAAGUUCGCCGAAGGGUACACCCUCACCAUCAAGAUCAAAAAGUUGCCGGAGAGCGCCGGAGCGAUGCACUCCGAAACGGAACCUAUCGAAAGGUUCAUAAGCGAGCAUUUCCCUAGCGCUAAGCUGAGAGAGAGGCACCAAGAACUGCUGAAUUAUUAUAUCAUCGAUAAGACGUUGUCUUGGUCAAGAAUGUUUGGAAUUCUAGAGAAGGGGAAACGAAGCGAUCUCAAUAUUGAGGAUUAUUCUUUGGGGCAGAGCAGUCUCGAACAGGUAUUCCUUACAUUCACAAAGCAACAGAAUUAA